GUUGUUCAUUUAUCGAUAACUGUUACGACACCGAGUUUUGGCACACCAAACGAAAAAACCAAGAAAUUAUUGUUUCUUCCUGGGAUUCUGGCAUAGAUUUCUCCAACAACGAUGAUCAGCAGCAGGCUACAACCUUUGUGCAAACCACUUUUGCAACACUUGGUGCGUAAUGCCGUGAAGGGUAUGGCUCCAACCACAGUUCGUCAGAGCCAUGUAGUCUCAUAUCGUGUUGCUCCACCACCACACUCGAAGGCUACUCGCAUCGGUGCUGAAAUGGUCGGCGCCGCUAUGUGGUGGUGGGUCUUGUGGCAUUUGUAUCAUGAACACGAACAUGUCACCGGUGAAUUCCCCUAUCCCGAUCCAUCCCAGUGGACAAACAAGGAACUCGGCAUCCCAUCAAACUAAAGUCAGGAGUGGUGGAGAUCGGCGAACAUGUGUUAGUUAAAUAUGUUGAAAUUAUCCUGGAAAGCAAGAUUCUGUGGGAAGUUAAAUAAUUUAAUAAAUUGUGUAAUGUAAAUAAAAA